UUCUUUUUCUUUUGUUGGUGUACUUCAAUUGGGUGGAUAAUAGUGGAGACUAACUUUCUAGAAAAGUGAAAUAAAAUACUAAUUUAAAAUAAAAGAGCAUUGCUUUCAGUAACUGUUUUAAGAUGCUUAAACUACAAUUAUUAUUACAGUACAUGUGAAUUGUUAUAUCCCACAUGGAGAGUGGUGGCGUUUCCUAUUUUUGAUCUUUUUAAGGAUUUUUUUCAAGAUUCGCAUAAAAUUGUCUAUCUCUGGCUUUAAUGAGUGGAGAAUCUGUGUUUGUGUCUCAUUUCAGCUUAGAAUGAGGUUUUGAGCUCUAUUUUUGGGUGAAAAUUUGGGUCUUUGGUUGCUUGGUUUGACUUCUUAUGUAAAAUUGAGUUCAAGGUAAUUCGUCUUGUUUCUGUGAAUCCAGUGAAAGAUUGUUGUUUUUUGUGUUUGGGAGCUUACUAUAAGAGCUGGGAUUUGCACCAUACUCAACGUUUGGAGUUUUAAUUUGCUUGAAGAAUCUUGGUUAGAAUUUCUGAUUUUUGGUUUGAUAAUUUGGACUAACUUUGUAAAUUUUCAUAUGAUAUGUUUUGAGUUAGAAAAGGGUGAAAGUUGAAUUUCUUGUCCUUUUCUUUUGGGGGGUUAUCUUAGUAGUUAGAAUUGAAAAAACUGACCUGAUAAUGAUGAAAAGUUUCAAGCUUUGUAGUUCUUGAAAGUGGGAAACAAAAAGUCGGAUAUAGAAGAAUUUAUUUGAAGGGUCGGAUUGAACUUUUGUGGUGGUGAUGGAGAAACAGAUUAGCUUUCGUGGGGUGAUGGAGAAACAGAAGAGUUUUCGAAACGGGACGAUUGAGAAACAGAAGAGCUUUAGAGGGUUGAUGGAGAAACAGAAAAGCUUUAGGAUAGCAAUGGAGAGGCAGCUGAGCUUUGGUGGUGGUGAGAGGAAAAGGGGUAAGGAAUCACCAGGAAAAAGAGGGGAUUCUCCACUUCACUUGGCAGUUAGAGCAGGUAACCUAGGGAAGGUGAAAGAAAUUGUGCAGAAGCUUGAUAAUAGCAAAGGCAUCAGUGAUUUGUUAUCUAAGCAAAACCAGGAGGGUGAGACUGCUUUGUACGUUGCGGCGGAGAAUGGCCAUACCUUGGUUGUUGCAGAGUUGUUAAAACAUUUAGACCUUCAGACGGCUUCCAUUCUGGCGAGAAAUGGUUAUGAUGCAUUCCAUGUUGCAGCAAAGCAGGGUCAUCUUGAGGUACUGAAGGAACUGUUGCAUUCAUUUCCAAAUCUAGUGAUGACAACGGAUUUGUCCAAUUCUACAGCCUUACAUACAGCAGCUGCUCAGGGACACCUUGAUGUAAUGAAUCUCCUUCUGGAGAUUGACUCAAACCUUGCGAAGAUAGCUCGUAACAAUGGCAAGACUAUUCUUCAUACAGCUGCAAGAAUGGGACACUUGGAAAUAGUUAAAUCUCUUCUGAGCAAAGAUCCUGAGAUUGACUUUAGAACGGAUAAAAAAGGCCAAAGUGCCCUGCACAUGUCUGUAAAGGGUCAAAAUGUUGAUAUUGUGCUUGAAUUAAUCAAACCGAAUCCUGCUGUAUUGGCUUUGGAAGAUAACAAAGGAAACAGAGCACUUCAUGUUGCAACUAUAAAGGGACGGCAGCAGAUGGUACAAUGUCUAAUAUCAAUCGAGGGCAUUGACCUCAACGCUGUCAAUAAGGCUGGAGAAACCGCUCUUGAUAUUGCAGAAAAGUCUGGAUCUCUGCAGCUCGUUUCCAUUUUAAAGGAGGCAGGAGCUACCCAUUCUAAAGAUCACGGGAGACCUCCCAAUGCUGCGAAGCAACUCAAGCAGACUGUCAGUGACAUAAGGCAUGAUGUGGAGUCCCAACUCCAACACAGCCGUCAAACUGGCUUCAAAGUGCGGAAAAUUGCAAAGAAUGUGAAAAAGCUCCACAUUAGUGGUCUUAACAAUGCCAUCAACAACGCGACAGUUGUUGCUGUCCUUAUUGCUACUGUAGCUUUUGCUGCCAUCUUCACUGUACCUGGCCAAUACGUUGAGGACAAAACAGAUGGGGUUUCACUCGGUGAAGCACACAUAGCUAGGAAAGCGGCAUUCAUAAUCUUCUUCUUGUUUGACAGUAUGGCCUUGUUUAUUUCCAUUGCUGUUGUCGUAGUACAAACUUCUGUGGUUGUGAUUGAACAAAAGGCAAAGAAGCAACUCAUGUUUUGGAUAAACAAGCUCAUGUGGGCAGCUUGCCUCUCUAUUUCAAUUUCCUUUAUUUCACUCACAUAUGUGGUGGUUGGAGACAAGGAAAAAGGGCUUGCUAUCUAUGCAACUGUCAUUGGUAGCACCAUAAUGCUCACUACUAUUGGUUCCAUGUGCUAUUGUGUGGUUCGACAUAGGCUAGAAGAGUCGAAGAUGAGGAGCAUAAGGAGGGCUGAGACUCAUUCACGUUCAUACUCGAUGUCCGUGGCAUCAGAUACAGAGCUUUACAGUGAAAGCUACAAGAGGAUGUAUGCAGUAUAGGAAGAAAUAAAAGUCAGCUAAAUUUCUGCCCCAAGGUAUCAAUCCUGGAGGUCUGUAAAUAGCAUUAUGAGUGAAUAUAUGCAGAUUCUAAACCCUCAAGUCUGAUGAACUUGUAGCAAUGGCAUCAGAUAACAAAUUGUGUGAGGAACAGAAGGGUCUAUGCAGUUAGGAACAGAUGAGGAGAAACUUUAAAUAGAGUGCAAUAAUGACGAGGCGAUCCACAUCUGCACAAUUCUCUAACUGCUGCAGCCACUAAAUUGCUUACCAUCUGAGGUGACAUAUAUGCUUGGAAGUUCAAGAUGAAACUUUAGCAAAUCCUUCCCAUGAAUUUAAUAGGUUGAAGGCAAACUAUCAUGGAGUUUACUACCUACCUACAAUUACUACUACCAGACUGCGACUGGAUGACAAGAAGGUGCAGAUGGCUGAUAUUCAGUUGCUUUUGCCUAUACAUAAUCCACUCCUUAGAAAAAUGUACUAAACAAAAUUUGUUAUUAUAUAAUUCAUCAUAUCUAUUUCCUGUGGUAAUGAAGUUCCAUCUUUUUCCA